AAACAUGACGACCACCCUGUCUUACACUCUCACGAGGUUCAGCUUUCUUUUCACCGGCCUCAUUAUCAUUGUUCUCUGUUAUUUUGGAUACGAAAAUGUUGCAGCCACGGUGGGAGAUCCCUCGCCGCUGGCGAAGAUCGCGCACACGAGCAAUACACAGACACACAGAGUACAGUCGGAGAGAGUACAGAUGGACAGAGUAACGCCAGAGCCGGUACAGAUCAAGCACAGUCUCCUUGAUGACACUAUGAAUGCAACACUGGGGUUUGAGAAGAUCUUCAUCAUCAAUCUGGCGACCCGGACAGACCGCAGAGAUGCCUUCACUCUCGCUGCUGCUUUCGUCGGACUGCAAGUCGAGGCCGUUGAUGCUGCCACUAAAGUUGACGACAAGGCAUGGCCUCCGGGUCCCGAGGAGUACCGUCCAAACCCCGGCGGAGCAGGCGCUUGGAGGUCUCAUAUGAAUGUUUUAAGAGACAUCGUGGACAAAGGUAUCUCCUCGGCAAUCAUCAUGGAAGACGACGUGGACUGGGACAUCCGCGUCAAAUCCCAAAUGCGCACCUACGCCAGAGCCUCAAGACUCCUCAUGCAACCUCUUGAGGGUACAACAGACGAAUUCCUCGACCCCACCUACCCUCAUCCCAGCCCUGGAAAUGAAGAAACCAAAAACUUCCACCUCGACGAAGAAACCGUCAGCGAACCCACCUCCUCCCCCUACGGCGACCUCCAAUACUGGGACGUCCUCUGGCUCGGCCACUGCGGCGUGCGCUUCCCCUGGAAAGACGACAAAUCCGUCCCUCUCGGUCGCGUCGUCAUCCCCAACGACCCCACCGUCCCGGCGAAAAAGCACAUCGACGUCGAAUUCGGCAGCCGCCAAUACGUCGACGAGUACCCCGAACAUACCCGCGUCGUCUCCCGCGCCCACACGCCGACCUGCACCGUCGCUUACGCGGUAUCUCAAGCCGGCGCACGCCGCAUCCUCUGGGAAAUGGGACUAAAAGCCAUGCGAGGACCGUACGACUUGCAGCUCCGCGAAGCGUGCGCUGGGCAUGGAGGGAGGAGUCAAUUGUUGUGUUUUACGUCGCAGCCGCAAAUCUUCGGGACGCAUCGUCCCGCCGGCGACACGUCGAGGUGGAGCAAUAUUUCACCCCAGUCGGAUCUUCCAACGGAGGAGGUCAAGGAUCCGUAUACGACGAAUGUGAGGUGGUCGACGCAGAGUAAUUUUGGGAAGUUGGUUAAUGGGGAGACGGAUUUUGUGGAGUAUCCUAAGCCGGCGAAGAAGCCGGAGAAGAAGCCGGAGGAGAAGCCGGAGGAGAAGAAGGGGGAGAAGAAGGAGGGUCAGUGA